ACAAAACACAACAACAUUACACAUUCUUCUUCUUCUUCUCACUCCAAAUCUCUCUCUCUCUCUCUCUCUCUAAAAGAAAUCGAAUUUUUCACAAACCAAUCAAACACUCCAAUGGAUACAGAAACAGAAUCAACGAAUCUGACAUAAUUAACCAAUUUUCAAAAUUAGGGUUUCAUUCUAUUCAUCUUGACAAAACCUAAAGAAGAAAAAUUUGAAGAAGAAAGAAAAAUGAUGCAGAGAUUGUUGGGUGGACCUGGAACAGUGAGUGGAUUCUUGUUGAGGUUAGGACAAUGUGCAUUUGGUGCUGCUUCCAUUAGCGUCAUGGUUACUUCUUUUGGUUUCUCUACCUACACCGCUUUCUGCUAUUUGACUGCAUCAAUGGGACUUCAAGUGCUCUGGAGUUUUGGACUUGCUUGUCUUGAUAUUUAUGCCUUGAGAAGAAAGAGAGACCUACAAAAUCCAAUUCUUGUUAGCCUGUUUGUUGUAGGCGAUUGGGUAACAGCCAUUUUGUCACUAGCAGCUGCAUGUUCAUCAGCAGGAGUCGUAGUUUUAUAUACGAGAGACGUGGAUAUGUGUGCAACUCAUAAGAUAAUCCCUUGCCACAGGUACCAGGUUUCUGUAGCCCUGGCUUUCGUCACCUGGGCUCUUACUGCAAUGUCAUCACAUGUGAUGUUUUGGAUAUUGGCCUCAGUCUAGCUUGAUUUACAUGUUGGCAUCUUUGAUAUCUUUAUGACAUGCAGGGUGGAGUUUUGGUUAUUGUCCCUUCUCAAAACUUUUGAUUGUUGGUUUAUGAGUGCCAACAUAGUUGAGAUGUCAGUUAUCACAGUGGUUCCUCUCAAUCUAGUUAAUAGAUUUUCAGUUUAAUCUAAGCCUUGAAUUUCAUUUUUUCAUUUCUUUCUUAAUGUAGGCAAAUUAUCGAACUCGUGCGACUACAUUUUUGCUGUUGUACAUAAUUUUGUUUCCUUACAACCUUGAAAAGAGAUUAAAGUUCUCAUUUCACA